AUGAAUGUUGAUGAAUUGAUAAAUGCAGUUACGUCUUCAUCAAUAGUCUUAGAUUUCGACAAAGAUACUUCUUUUACCAUCUUAAAUGUUACAUCUUCAAAACAAUCAUCUUAUGAAAUUUCAGAUUCUUUAAUUGACAACAAUGAUGAUGCAGAAUCAUGGGACUUUCCUUCCAUAGAUACAAGAGUCUUAUAUUCAGAUCAAAUUAAGACAAUUUGCGAAGAUUUUGUUCUAAAAUUUCAACAGAAAGAUACAAAUGUAGAAGAUUUUUUAACAUCAUUAGGUAAAAAGAUAUGCUUAAUCUCAGAUCAGUAUUUAUUCGAUUUAACUUUAGUUUUCUUUAACUUUAACAUCUUAAAUCAAAUUCCAAUCUUCUUUGAUAACAUAUUUUCACCAACUUACGCUACACUUAAGCAGAGUACAAAAGAGAAACAGCAGAAGUUACUAUCAUUACGCUAUUUAACAUUUAAUACUUUAUUUCAGAAUCCAUCUGUAUGUUUGACAGAUAUUUGCCGCAAAUGGAUCAUUUAUCCAGAGAUAUUUUGCGAAAUCUGCUAUCUUUUAAGCUUCAACGUGAUUGAUUCUGUUCCAAAAGAAGAUGAUCAAAUAAAAUUCAUCAGAAUGAUCAGAGAAUUCGUAAUACAACUUCUCAAUCAAUCAACAGACGAUAAAAACUUACAUCAGAUACAAACAGCAAGAAAAUCUUUGUUAUUAUUAAUAAGAGAAUUAUUUAAGUCCCAAAAAUUUGCGGAACUCAUUGUAAAUGAUGCAAUCAUCGUAAGCUUCUUAAUCAUGUUCAUUUCUUAUGAUAAUACAAGGAAAUUAGUCUUAAAAAUGUUGAAAGGAAAUAUUACAAAAAGUGACAUAAUUAUUUCACACAUCAACUCGAUAAUUGUUACUAAUUUAAAGGUAUCCAGCAAAGGAAAGUUCAAUAUGAUGAAUGACCUGCUUGAAUACAUUAAUAAUGAAAGAGAAGUUGAAAUAUUUUCGAAUUUAGUGACAGAAAUCAUAAAUUUGUUGAAAAUUUGGAAUCCAGAAGAAGACACAGUUGAAUUUAUACACAAAACAAUUGAUUUCUUUAUAAGGAUCAAUGCUGAUUAUAAGACAAUUCGAAAUCUCGAAAUUCCUUUGUUCAAAAUCAAAAAUCACGACAAAGAUAUUUUGUUUUCUUUGAUUUCUUUGUUGUAUGGAUUUAGAACUGAUAUAAUUCUGUCGAGAGUUCCUAUUUCUCAUGUUUACGCACUUAACAUUAUUUAUACUUUAUACAAAGAAUCAGAUCUGAUUGAUGUUUUGAAUUUUGUUGAAAAUUUAUGUGAUUUUCAGAUUCAAAAUUUGGAAAAAAUGAGAGAAAGUGACUUUGAUUUACUUAUUUUGAAUGACAUAAAGAAACUUCGUGAUGAAAACUACAACAACAGCAAAUAUAUAAUUGAUUUAACUAAAGAUAAAAAUAAUGAAAUACAAAAGAAUCAAGAAGAAGAUAAAAAUAAUGGAGACAAAGAUAAAAAUGAAAUUGAACAAAAGAGUAAAGAAGAAAAUAUGAUUAAUAAUGAGAAAAAGGAAGAAAAUCAAGAAAUUAAAAAUGAUGAAACUAAAAAUAUAAAUGAAGAUAAACAAAAGAAUAAUGAAGAAAAUCAUAUUAAUAAUGAGAAAAAUGAUGGAAAUAAUGAAUCUGAAAAUGUUCAAACAUCUAGAAUUAGAGAAGAAAAUCAAGCAGAAAACAACAAUAGUGAAGCUAAAGAUGAUUUAAUUAAUGAUAUUAAAACUAUUUCAUUAGAUGAAGGAAAGAGAUUGGAAAAGAUAGAGAAGUUGUUCCAUAUUCUGUUGAAAAUUGUUUCAUUUAUUUCGAGUCCAAAAGUUGUUCAGUCAAUUAUUGAUUUAAUUUCACCGAAAAUAUACAAGAAUCAGUUCAUUUUGAGUGAGUUUCAUUUAGUUUUCAUUAAGAAACUACUCAAAAUAUUCCAAGACGAGCUAAUGUCGCCACUUGAAUCUCUUUCUCUUUCCGAUGUAAAUUCAAUUCCUCUCCAAGAAAAAGACAAAAAAUUUGACUCCAAAAACGGACUUCUUUUCAGUUCAUGGAUUUAUUUAUCAGAUACAAAUGACUUGUCCAAACUAAUCAAAAUAACACAAGAUGAUAAAAACAGUUUGCAAAUUUUGAUUUCUAAAAAUGGUUUCACAAUAAAUAAUGAACAGAUUCAAAUCGAUUUGGAAACAGAAAAAUGGUCAUUUUUAGCAAUUUUCGUCGAAAAAAACUUUGUCAAUAUACAAUUUGACAACAAUAUUUUGGUGCAAAAAUUUGAUAUUAAAAGUGAAAUUGUAAACGGAAAAGAACUAACAAUUGGAGGAACUUCGAAAUCUAAAAUCAGAAUGGGAAACAUUCAUAUCUCCCAAAACCAAGAAUUUCCUUGUCCAAAAUUGUUCGGAAUGGGUCCAAAAAAUAAUUUUGAUUCUUAUUAUUCUAUCACUGUGUCAAAACCGCAAAAUCAACAGAAUUUUUCAGAUGUUUUCUUCACUUUUUAUGAUGUUGAAGUUCUUCUUCCUUUAUUUGCGUUUUUGGAUGUCAAAAAUACAAAAGGUGACAAAACCGCCAAUUUAUUAGAAACUGUUUUUGAAUUAUUUAGGAUUAUGUUUUUAGUUAACAAGGAAAGUCAAAACAAAUUUGCUAAAUCGAAUGGUUUCUUUGUUAUCAAAUAUUUGCUGAUGAAUUCUGAUCCGAAAAAUCUUAAUUUUGAUUUAUAUUUGAUGUUUUAUAACUUGUUUUUAGUUUUAGAAGACGAAGAAGCAAAAAAACAGAUCUUUGUUUUGUUUUUAACCAAUUUUGACUUGUUUAAAUCUGAAGAAGUCCAAAAUUUGAUAUUAGAUCACAUUCUGUCAAAAUCAUUUUUACAAAAUACAAUUUAUUUUGAGAAGUUUACAACAUUUAGCGAUUAUUUGUCACUUUUGUUUACAACGAAUGCCAAAACAAUAAGAUCCAAGAUAUUGCAGCUUUGCUUUAAUAUGUCACAGAUUGUUUUCACUCAGAAAGAUUUUAAUUUAUUAGUUUCUUGUUUCGGAAUUUUUGUUGAUUCGCAAAAAGUCGAAAUUUCGAAUCUUUUUAUGAAAAUUUUGCAAAAUUCGCAGAAUAAUUUGGAAAAACUCAAUCCAAAGGACAUCUGGUUCACAUUUAACAAUAUCUACCAUUGUAUCAACUCUUUCACAGAUUCGAAUUAUUACUUUUUAAUUACAAUUAUUUGUAAAUUUUACAAAAAAAUUCCAGAUGAAAAUUUGACAUUAAAUGACCAUGUAAAUUUGUUAAUAAGACAUUUCUCAUCAUGUGAAACGAAAAUAUCAGAAAUUAUGCUGUCAGAUAUUGUUGAGUUGAUGACAAAAGAGUUUCCCGAAUUGUUCCCUUUGUUUUCUUAUUUUGUACAAAAAUCAAAUCAAAUUCAAUACUUCCAAAAAGUGACACCUUCUUCUCAAUUUAUUACAUCAUAUAAUUGGUGUCUAAAUGCUAUAAUAACUGCAGUUAAAUGCCAAGAUUUACACGAAACAGCCGCAAUUUUCUCUUUUCUUUGUUUUUGCUCGAGUUCUGAAUGGAGAAAAAUUUAUGAAACAAUAGAAAUUGUUUGUCAAGCAAAUGACAUAAAUUCAGAGGUUUACAAAAAGCGGUUUCUUAUUGUAGUUUCUAAUUACAUUUUAUUAUCUGAUUUUUCAAAUAUUGAAGAUAUUAUUUCGACAAUGAAUUUGAUUGUUUAUUAUUUAUUUUUCAAGAAAUUUAAUUUUUACAAUCAAAUAUUGAAAUCAGAUUUUGAAGCGUCACCUUUUAAAAAGUUGUCACUUUUUGAGAAAACGAACAACGUUGAGUAUAAUCCUGUUAAUUCUACAUGGGCAGCAUUAGGUGGAUAUAUGCCAGAAUUUGACAAAACCGUUGAUUCAAAUCUGACAUUUGAUAAUUUUAUUUGUUUUGGCCUUCAAACGUCUAUUGGAAAUGAAUGGAAAGAUUCAGAAGUUGCUUUGUUAUUUCUUGGUUUAAUUAAGAAAUAUAACAUUAAGACAUUUUAUAAUUUAGGAAUUAUUACUGCAGCUUUUUUGAUUACUACUAAUUUUAAUGAAUCAAUUGAAUGGUUUAAAUCAUUCAUGUUCGAAUCAGAGAGUAAUUUAAUCUACUUGAAUAUGUUUUCUCAUCGAUUGUUGAAAUACAAAAGUUUCCUUUCUAAUGUCAAACAAAAUUCCAGCUUGUUUGAAGAUUUCAACAAAUCAAUACAAAACGUAUUGAAUGAAUAUUCUAAUAUAACUGUUAUUAAUGUCAAUGAAUGCCAUUCUAAGAUAAAACAGUGUUCGAUGAAUUCGUUUAAGAAAUGCAGAGAAAUAAUCAACAGUAAUUUGGUUGAUUUCCAAAUUUAUUUGAGGAAAAACAUGAAAAAUGAUAGUAAUAUUUCUAAAUGUGAAAGGUCAUGGCACAAACUUUGGCAGAACUUAACAACUAUCGGUUCUCCUUGGUUCAUUUGCUCAAAUAGUUCUGAAGAAAUUAAAUGGAUGAGAUCACCUCACAUUUGUCAAAAUUUGUGUCCUAUGAAAUUGAAGAGAAACAAACACUUUGAUGACCAUUUGUUUGCAUCAUUCGCGAGAGACACAGGAUCAUUUAAAUCUGCCGAACAAAUGCUUUUGAACUACAGAGCACAAAACAAAGAAAAAGAUUUAGACAUUUUCAAGAAAGUUGUUGAUGAUUUCGACAAUUCUUUGGACAAUGAAAUAAAUCAGUCUCAAAGCCAAAUAUUCGUCUCUGAUUGCCAAAUCCGAAAGGUCACAGAAAAUGUCAAGGCUGUCUUAGUUCUCUAUAAACAUUCAUUGACAUUGACAAAAGAGAAAAAUGGUCAAACAAAAGAAAUUUUUUAUUCUGAAAUUAAUAACGUAUGUUUAAGGUUAGUUAUACAAAAACAGACUGCAUUUGAGCUAAUCUUGAAUGAUGGAAAACCAUACUUUAUUGAUAUCUUUACAGAUCCUAGUUAUGUUGUUAAUUUCAUUACAAAACAAAUGUCAAAAAAUGUCAAUCAUGAUUUGUCACUUUUCACCAAAAAAUGGGUUGAAAACAAGAUGUCUAAUUUCGAUUAUUUGAUGCAGCUUAAUUCCUUAAGUUCUAGAUCGUUUAAUGAUCCUUCUAUUUACCCUGUUUUCCCAUGGAUUCUUUCUGAUUACGUGUCAGAAAAAUUAGAUUUACAUGACAAAAAUGUUUUUAGAGAUUUAUCGAAAACUGUUGGCGCAUUAACCGAACAAAGACUACAAGAGAUCCUCCAGAAAGUAGAAGACAUGAAAUCCUUUGGACAACCCGCUUACAUGUACUCUUCUUACGCUGUUUGCCCAUUAAGUGUCUUUUUGUGGCUGAUUCGACUUGAGCCAUUCACGAAACUUCAUGUAGAUUUGCAGGGAGGAAGGUUUGACCAUGCAGCAAGAUUGUUCAACUCAUUGUACGAAGCUUAUAAACUUAUAACAACUUUGUUGAACGAUUAUAGAGAAUUAAUACCAGAAUUUUACUUUUCAAGUGAAUUUCUGACGAAUAUGAACCAUUUUGAUUUGGGACAAGCGAAUGGAAACAAUGUUAAUGAUGUUUUAUUACCUCCUUGGAGCCAUAAUGAUCCGAAUGAGUUUAUUUAUAAGAUGAGGAAGGCAUUGGAAUCUGAUUACGUAUCAGAGAACAUAAACAAAUGGAUUGAUUUGAUUUGGGGAGUUAAUUCUCGUGGAAAAAACGCUGAAUUAAAUCAUAAUACUUACAUCCAAGAAAUAUAUGGUGAAAUUUGGGACACAAACAUCACAGAUAGUUUCACCAUCAAACAAAUCAAAGCAAACUUGAACCACGUCGGCCAAGUUCCCCCUCAACUGUUUUUUGAAAAUCAUCCAGUCAAAAAACUUACGAAGUUCAAACCAGUCAGAGAUAAUUACAUCGAAGUUAUAGGAGAAGGAGAAUUGUUCUGUUCCCAAAUCAUUGAAGAUGAAGGUCAAAUUUUAGUUUUUGCUCGAAUUAACAACAAUAUUGAGAGAUUUACAUUAGAUCUCAAAGAAAAGAAUGUUGUUACCAAUAAGAAGACAAUAUUGGCUAAUACAACAGCUGCUUCUCUGUUCAAAUCAGAAGAAAAGAUGUUUAUUUUGUCAGAUGAUUGUUUGUUUUUAUCGAAAACAAAAAUUUUCCAAAAUGUUUCGAAAAACAAAAUUUGUUUUAGCGGAGAAUUCGUUGUCGCUUCAAUUAACACAAAUGUUGAAGUGUAUAAUCACAAGAACAAUACAAGAACAACUAUUCCUUUCUACGGAGAAGACGUGACAUGUCUUUGUUCUUCAGUUUCAUUCAAGAAUUUCGUUGCAGGAACGAAAAGUGGUCGGUUGAUUAUUUGUUCACUUUUUGAGGGCAGAAAAAUCAACUCUGUUUAUUUAGGAGAAGUCAGGCCAUUGCUUAUUACGAUUACUCCUUCGAUGGGCUACAUUGUUACAUAUGCUGUUGAAGGAACAAAUCAUUUUGUUUAUCUGCACAAUGUCAAUGGAUUUUUCAUUAAAAAGAAACAGAUUUCUGUUGAUAUCUUUUGCUGGGAAUCUUUUAGUAGUGAGAAAGGAAUUGACUACGUGAUAUUUGCUAACAAGAGAGGAGAUCUCUAUUGUUUCGACGCUUUCCUUCUUGAUAUAGACAACUAUUUCAUUCGCUGCGCAAGUGAAAUUUCUUCAAUUCACUUCUCUGUUUUUAACAGAGUUGUGAUAACAAUCCUGAAGAAAUGCACACUAGAACUUAUCCCAUUGGAAAUCAAAGAAGAUCAUUUUAUUUAG